AUGGAAACAGGCGUCUCAGAGCCUGCGGUGGCUGUGCUUCACCAGGAUGAUAAGCCGAGCUGUGCUGCUGCUGCUGCCGUGCCAGAUCCGGUAUCUUUUGCGGUUAGUUUUUACUUUUCCCAUCAUAUUAUUACUAAUCAUCAUCUGUAG